AUGCUCCGAUCAGCCUGUGUCGUACUGCUCGGUCUUGUUGCCGUCACCUCCGCCGGCGAAUACGCCGUCGGUGUCGAGGGUGUCUUGAUGUGCAACGGACAGCCCUACGGUGACGCGAAAGUGCGCAUCUACGAGGUGGACACGCUCCACGACGACAAGCUUGCCCAAACCUUCUCCAGCUCUGACGGCCAUUUCCGCCUUGGCGGCCACCAAUCCGAGCUCGGCGGUAUCACUGCCAAGCUGAACAUCUACCACAAGUGCGAGAUGCCGGCGUGGAAGCGCAUCCUCCCGAUCUGCUACUACAAAGCCACCUUCCCCAUCCCCAAGCGGUACAUCCAGUCUGGAAAUACCCCAAAUGAGUUCUACAACGUACAAACGAUCGAGCUCUCCAUGCACGCCAAGGGUUACGAUUGUAUCAACCUCAUUCGU